AUGGACUUUUCAGGUCUUUCAAGUGCAGAGCAGGCUCAUGUCACCAAACUUGUUGAGAAGCGUCAAUUCCAGGGCUUUCUUACCAUGUACGGAAAACUCGUAGAGCGCUGUUUUAAUCACUGUGUCAACGACUUUACAAGCAAGUCGCUGUCCUCGAAAGAGGAGCAAUGUGUCAAUAAUUGCGCUGAAAAAUUCAUGAAGCAUUCGGAACGCGUCAGUGCGCGGUUUGCAGAGAUUAAUGCUGAAGUCAUGGGCAGCCAGAAAAAUGUCUCCGGUUGA